CAUGUACAAACAGUCUACUGUCAUACGGCAAAAGCACUGAGUAGUUGGUCUUGGUACUUAAACUUGCCGGCAGGCUCUUCAUGGCUGUCGCAACUCCCAUAAUUAAUCCCCCAGAACUUGACCCUUGGCAGGAUACCCGUCUUCUCUCUUCCGACGUCUUGCCGAACGGGUCCAACCUUUACGCAAAUGAUCUGCACACGGAUGACAUGCACAUAUCAUUGAAUGGAGGGCAUCCCUCUACCAACGGACAUAUGAAGGCCGAACAGCAACAGACGAACUCAUAUGGUGACGGCAAUAUCGCCUCAAACACAGUAUACAUGGACCCAAAGUAUGCAGCGCAUGAAUCUGAAAGCGGUGAGGACGAAUCUGAAAGUGGAGAGGAGGACGACGAUGAUGAAGAGGAAGAGGACAGUGAAGAGGAUGAAGGCGAAGAUGAUUAUGAAGACGAAGAGGAGGAUGAACCAACCCUUAAGUAUGAGCGAAUGGGCGGGGCGAUUAAUGACCUUCUCAAGAAGGACUCGGCUUCUGCUCUUGCGGUCUCGAAUAAACUUCUGGCGCUUGGAACACACAAUGGUAUUGUUCACAUUGUUGAUUUGACGGGCAAACGCAUCAAGUCAUAUAAACCUCAUCAAGCUUCAGUGAGUGAUAUAGAGUUUGACAACACAGCGGACUUCGUGGCGACUGCCUCUAUCGAUGGACAGGUUGUUAUUCAGUCUCUGUCGACCCAGGAGUCAUACAUGUUCGACAUGAAGCGACCAAUCCGGACUGUAGCACUAGAACCUCAUUUUGCGAAGAAAAGUACUCGAUCAUUCGUGUGCGGAGGCAUGACCGGGACACUGGUACUGAGAGAAAAGGGCUGGCUUGGGCACAAAGAAACAGUCCUCCAUUCUGGUGAAGGUCCAGUGUGGCAUGUACGAUGGCGGGAGCGCCUGAUCGCGUGGGCCAACGACUCGGGCGUCAAGAUCUACGACACUCAGUCCCAGAUGCGGAUCGCAUUUAUCGAGCGCCCAGCCGAUAGCCCUCGUGCGGACCUUUUCAAGUGCACUUUACAUUGGCAAGAUGACUCGACUCUCCUGAUAGGAUGGGCAGACCACGUAACGAUUGCGCACGUUCGAGAACGGCCUCAAUCUCUGAUCGCUUCAGGCAGCUCUAAACAGCCUCCUCUGAUCGUUGAGAUCACCGCCCCAUUCCCGGUUGACUGCAUGAUCUCGGGGAUCGUAUCAAACUCACUCUCGGUGCCGAGAGCUCAGGGCGAAUCAUCUGUGCAGGACACACCAUUGUCAUCAUUUUUGAUAUUGGCCUACCAAGCACCAGAUACGUUCGGUGACGAAAUGACGGAAGAUCGUGCAAGACAAGCUCGUAAAACAGCUGACCGCCCUGAACUGCGGAUCAUCUCUCACACAGGUGAAGAGUUAUCAGGCGAUGCACUGGGUGUUACGAAUUAUCAAGCAUGGAGCUGCAAUGACUAUGUAUUGGCGGAGGUCGACGGGUCUAACUCGGGAGGGAAACCAGGAAGAUGUUAUGUUGUUCUAAGCCCUAAAGAUAUUGUUAUCGUGCGGCCAAGGGACAGGAAGGAUCAUAUCUUAUGGCUCGUAGAUCAUCAGCGGUAUGACGAGGCUCUCGAAGAAGUAGAAAAGCUCGAUGAGGACGAACGUUCUGCGGACGGUGAUCAGUCUGGCAUCAAUCCUAUCGCCAUAGGAGAACGAUAUAUCAGACAUUUGGUGGCAGAGGGCAACUUUGUUAAGGCUGCAAGCCUUUGCCCGAUAGUCUGUGGCACAGACGUCGGACGAUGGGAAGACUGGGUCUUUGUUUUUGCUCAAAAUCAGCAACUGCAGGCAAUUAUUCCUCAUAUCCCUACGGAAGCACCUCAACUUGGCCACUUGGUCUAUGAGAUGAUUCUUGGGCACUUCCUUGCACACGACAAGCAGUCUCUAAUGCGCACUAUCAAGGAGUGGCCAAAGUCAAUUUACGAUAUAUCCGUUGUCAUUUUUGCGGUGCAAGCAGAACUUGAGCGAUCGCCAUCGUCAUCAUCCUCAAGAAGCUCCCCCGCACCGGACGCUAUCAUUCUCAUGGAAUGUUUAGCUGAGCUUUAUACCGCCAAUCGACAAUACGGGAAAGCGCUCCCAGUUUUCCUCCGCCUCAGACGACAGAAUGUAUUUGAACUUAUCAGGGAGCAUAAUCUAUUCACCGAUGUGAAGGAUCAAGUGCUCCUGUUGGUCGAGUUUGACCAAGAGCUCCUUGAGAAGCGGAAGCAAGAAGGCACAGAAGCUGAAGCAAGUUCCAGCGAAGCAAUCGCUUUGCUGGUUGAUCAUGUCCAUUCUAUACCUAUCGUUCGCGUGGUCCAGCAGCUCCGCGAUCGCCCCUUCUAUCUCUUCCUUUAUCUAGAUGCUUUGUUUAAAAAGGACUCCCAGCUUGCGUCCGAGUUCGCUGAUCUCCAGGUUACGCUGCUCGCCGAAUUUGCAACACACCGCCUGAUCGACUAUCUUCGGGCGAGCACUUCGUAUAAUCUUGAGGCGGUCCGUUAUCUAUUGAAGCUAGUCACGUUGUUAUCUAACAUCCUUCAGGCGUACAACGAGUGCAAGAACAAGGAUCUUGUAAUCGAGAUGGUGUUUUUACUUGGUCGCAUGGGCAGUAACAAGAAGGCAUUAACACUCAUAAUUGAGCGCCUAGGUGAUGUGCACAUGGCCAUCGAAUUCGCCAAAGAGCAAAGUGAUGAUGACCUCUGGGAGGACCUUCUCAAAUAUUCUGAAACACGUCCAGCUUUCAUCCGUGGUCUACUAGAAAAUGUCGGAGCUGAAAUUGACCCCAUCCGUUUGAUUCGUCGGAUCAAGAACGGGUUGGAAAUCCCUGGCCUCAAGGAAGCAUUGAUCAAGAUUCUUCAUGACUUCCAUCUUCAAAUAUCCCUUCUGGAGGGAUGUCAGACAAUUCUCAAUGGUGACAGCUCCGACCUUGCCAAAACGCGCUCGAGGGGCCAGAAUAGCGGGUUCUUCAUGAAAUCCAAAACGAUUUGUCCGCUAUGUACGCAAUCCCUACAGCGAUCACCACAAGACCUUCUUUUACUGUUCUUGUGUCACCACGUAGUUCAUGCCAGCUGUGUAGAUGGUAUGGUAGACAUUUACAACCACGGGGAGCCCAACGAAGGCAUAAGUGCGCUUGCCAGUGGAGUAAGCGCGAAGAUUGCUUUCGCUUCUGUAGUGCGGGCUAGAAUUCAUCAUGGUUGUCCUGUUUGCCAUCGGAGGAGCGAAGGGAAUCUGAUGUGAUAGCAUGUGUCUUCUCUCUUUUGCAUCAUUUACUGUACACCUUGCAUUUUCCUGGACAGUUUAUUUACCGCGGAUUUCUAUCGAGCACGUUCAACUGCUAGUGGAGGUGGCAUACCUCCUGUAGUUUGUAGAAUUUAAUGCGUUUCUGAGAUUCCCAUUGUCAA